CCUCCCCCCAAAUUAAUUGAGGACUGCUCUAGAUAUCUGCUUGUGGAGGAUUUAACUAUAUCAUUCUCCCCAUCGCUUACAUUUCUGUCUACCUGAAGUACAUAAACAAAUCAUUCAGAUAGAUGCCUCCCAAACGAGCUUCUAGGAAACGUGCAGGAGCUGUGAAUGCAGAUCCUCCUGGCACUCCUCCCCCAAGUCGCCCUGCUGGACUAACUCCGGGCGUGGGAAAUUCCAUCUUGCCUCAUAUUCCGACAAAGCAUUCAUUUGCGUAUGGUUCGUCUGCAGCGCCAAUUCUUCCGCACAUGUUGGCCGCGAAGCCAAAAAUGAACCUGGUAGAAAUGGCUAGUACUAUCGAGGAUGCCAUUCAAGUUGCCAAGGAUCGAGAACAGAAUGAGGCAGCCGACAGCCCUGGUAUGAAUACCCGCACGCGCAAGAAAUCCGCUUCCCCUAGUGCUUUGCCGGUGCGACGGCUGCGACGUGAACCGACCCCUGAUCAAAUCCAAUUGCUCGACUCCCUGCGCGAAAUCACGAAUUCACCUGUGCGUAGAGCGAAUUUAAAUGAAACUAGGCAGUCUACAGCAACCCCUACUCCUCCUAUUCGCCACACCUUUUCCACCACAUCUAGCCCCGGUAAUACAGAUAUUACGAUACAGAAUCUCUAUCCUCCUUCGCUGGAGCGACUAAACUCCUCGGAUCUUAGCAAUUUUUCGCCGGAUAGUCCACAAGGCUUGGCUGUUGAUAACGAAUCAGUCAUCUCCUGGGUUGUCGAGCGUGAUAUACACGACGAUGCUUUGCGGCGAACCCGUUCAAAAAGGCCCCAGGAAGAUCCACAGGGAAAGCACAUCUCGGCGCCCCCUCGACGUUUUUCGGGGCUGGCUUUCGCUCACGAAACCAUCCAAGAGGAAGAAGAGCCAGAUUCCAGGAUUCAAGAACCCAGCCGUAUCUCUAUUUCCCCGGAACCUCAGAUCGUCCCGGAACCUACCAGUGCACCCGCCAAAACCAUCAUUCCUGACCGAUUUAUCCGGGAACCUUCAUCCCAGGAGGAGUCUUCAAUUUUAAGCAAAGUAUCGCUGCGAAAUAAGCCACGAAAAGAGAAAAUCCACCGAGAAGGGAACGAGAAGCGCUCAUGGGAUUUACUUUUCCAAAUAGCAAUUCUAACAGCAUUGACAAUCACAACGAUGUUCGCCAUCCAUACCUUCAAAGACAAGCUAUUCCAGGACGACUCUGACUUUAAAUUCGAGCCUACGCCUCACAUCCCUCUGAAUGAGAGUAACGCCGAUGCGCUGAAUAGCCUCUCCCAUCAAAUGGUCAGGCUAGGAGCGCAUGUUUCGUCCCUAUCCAAGGAGGUGAAGGUGAUGAAAACGGAGGUUAGCAACAUCCCGGCGCCCACAACCAUACUCCAGCAAUACAUGCCUCGAAUGGAAACCCCGAAGACCAAUUUCCUCUCAGUCGGACUUGGAGUCAUUAUCGACCCGUACAUGACCAGCCCAACGGCUGGACCUACGCGGGAUUAUUUACAGGCCUUGUACAUGUGGAUAGCAAGAAAAAAGCAUCGCUCUCCACAACCGCCACGUGCUGCCUUAACCCCAUGGGAAGAUGUGGGAGAGUGCUGGUGCAGUACGCCGCGUGAAGGGAUGUCUCAGUUUGCAGCUCUCCUGGGCCGUCAAAUUGUGCCGGAAGAGGUGGUGGUCGAACACAUGCCCAAGUCAGCGACCAUCCGUCCCGAAGUUGCUCCUAAAGAUAUGGAACUGUGGGCGCGGUUUCAAUACGUGGGCAAGGGUUCUUCUCUCAACCGAUCAAUAUGGUCCCGCGUCUUUUUCUCUGCUCCCGAGAACGUGUCGGGACAGGACAGUCUGGUGCCCGAUAGGAAGGUUCUGCAUGGCCCUGUCAUGAAAACUCUUCGUCUCGCGUUUCCCGGAGACGUAGAAUCUUCAUAUUAUAACGACAAGCUCCUCGGUCCAGACUUCUACCGGAUUGGCAAAUGGAGUUACAAUAUCGACGAUCCCUAUUACGCGCAGAAAUUCACUCUGGAUGCGAUUAUCGACUCGGACGAGAUUCGAGUCGACAAGGUGGUUUUCCGAGUCAAGUCGAAUUGGGGUGGAAAUAAUACCUGCAUUUAUCGGCUGAAACUAUACGGACGCAUGUGAAGUGAGCGAUUCAUAAGGAGUUAGACGGCGUUGGAUGGCAGAGACAGGAUGAUAUCCCGGCUUGUAUUACUUGAAGUUUAGACCUGUAAAUAUAUAAUUUUUUUUUUUUUUUUU